GAAGAUUGCAGUAGUUUCGGAAUAACGCAUUAUCCACUAAAGUCAAAUAAAAUGAAACAUAUCGUAGCUAUUUUAUUCAUAUUGAGCGCUUUGCUCUGCAGCUUUGCGGCUGCCUAUCCACAAUCGGGUCCUUGUGGUCCACCACCUAAUGGCGUGCGCCCCAGCGGACCACCACCAAGUGGUCCUCCACCAACUGGCAGAGGUCCUUGCGGUCCACCAAAUGGUCAGCGUCCAACGGCAUCAACAACCACUGCUUCCUCAGGUUAACAUGCCAGGAGAUACUCUGCUGGAAUUGUGAUUUUCAAACAUUGGCUCAAGCAACAAAUUAUGCAUAAAUAUUUAAUAAAAAUUUUAAAAUGAAA